AUGGCGACUUACGAAGCUUUGACCGAAGCCUUGCACCUUCACCCGCACCCACCAACCUCUGCCACUGCUGGCAUUGUUAUGGACUGUAGUUCAUCUCAGCCUUUCGACCCGUAUUCUCGCCGGCAGGAAAGCUCAGCCCAGCAGCCCAGCAUGUCUAUUCUUACCAUGUCCGCGUCAUCACCUCACCCCAUGUUCCGGAACGAUUACUCCUACGGCGCAGUCCAAACUUCCUCCGAAGCCGCACUUCAUCCUCGCGACAACAGGCCUGUCUCUCUUCCCUCGAUCCGUCAGACCUUUCCCGAGCUUCAUCUCGAUGGACUGCGCGCACCCGGCGUGAACCAGAAGCUACAGACCGUUGCGCCUCUUCACACUCUGGCAUCCCCGGAAUACGUUCACUCGCCCAACUCGAACAAGCGGCGAAGGGUCUCGAUCGAAGCUGAUCGAUCCCCCUUGAGAGCAAACCAGGUACCGCGGCUGUAUCGUAGCCCCGAGCAGCUACCGCAUGGAGGGCCAUCGCCUCCACACGAACGAUCAAGUGUGAUGGAGACUUGGUGCGGCCCUCUGCGGCCAGGCCCUUAUCUCCCCGGUGGCGUUGCGCAGGCCCCGCUCGAGGUGAACGGCAGGGCAGACCCUCGGCUUCUUUCUCUGCCCAGUCUGCCACCGGCGGCCCAGAGGGAACCCACGCCGAUGCAUCACUCCCGCGAAGUCGUCCCGGUACCGACAGGACCGACGGCUUUGGAGAGACCUCCGGCGUAUCCAGGUCACGACUACGGCUACCAGUACCAGCAGCCGGCACGCUACCAGCCACCUCUCCCCCCGAGCUCCGUCCGACCUCACGACAAUGCCCCAUUCUUGAUGGGAGGGCCGCAAUACCAAGAGCCGAAUCGGUACGGCGAACUUGGCAGCAUUACACUGGACUUGAAGCAGAGGAAGCGGCGGGGGAACCUCCCGAAGGAGACGACGGACAAGCUACGAUCAUGGUUUGUGGCGCAUCUUCACCAUCCUUACCCGUCGGAAGAGGAGAAGCAAGAGUUGAUGAGGCAGACUGGUCUCUUGAUGAGUGCGAUCCGCCCAUCUCCUCAUUGUAGAUGUCUAUGGAAUAGCGAUGCUGACAUUUUUUGGCCAGAUCAAAUCUCCAACUGGUUCAUCAACGCGCGGCGGCGGCAGCUACCGGCCAUGAUCAGCAACGCGAGAGCCGAGUCGGCGGCGAUGAAUGGCCGGACCGGCAGCAUCAUGGAUGGCAAGAUCCUGGCCACGACGGAGCGGGGGGUCGACCACGGCGCCCCCGGCAAUCGCAGAGGGGUAAAGCCUCUCAGCGAUGGCGAAGGCAGUACCUACGAAGAAGAAAUGGGCCACCUGGGUGAGCGGAGAGCCAGCGCAUUCAACCGAGAGAGCAUUUGA